AUGUCAUAAAAAAUUUUCAAGUUGAAACACUCAAAAAUUUUCGUGUUUAUAAAAAUAAUGUAAAUAUAUUAUUGUCUUCGAAAUGUUUUGUUUGUAUCACUAAAUUUCUCAAAAUUUUUGUAAAAAAAAUCAAAAAAAUUAGCGUACCACACUGCGCUGCUGUUUUUGACCGAACGUAGUCUUCGAACUGUAAUCUGUGCGCCAGGUCCGUGUCAUGCUACUGAAGCCUGCUUUCUGAAACGAUGGGAGCCGGUAGGAGUCGUUCGAAUCUAAAGCAAUGCUCUUGUAUGUCUAAUAAUUGUAAAAUAAACGGUCAAAGUUAUCACGCUGAGCUCUGUAACCACCCGAAUAAAUACGUACUCACAAGGAUACCCAGUAUGAGUGCAAAUGGCAUGUGUGCAUGCAACACUGUUUUUACCGACUGUCCAUACAAUUUGGAUCCACUGACACCAGAGGAACAAUUGGACGAGGUGGAGCGAAUGUAUAGAGAGAAGAAUCAGCCGACAAGAGGUACAAAAAGACAAUGUGUAGACAAUACAACAACAAUACCAACCAUUUGCUGUAACUGCGCUUGCAUUUGUGGAGAUGGAAUUGGAGGUGGAACGACACCGGCACCGGCGCCAAUCCAAAUAGAGCGUAGAAAUGGGCUUCAAAACAUCGAUCGUUGCAAUGGUGGCUGUCAGUGUAUGUUGUGUUGUGAGAACGUGAGAGAUACGCGUAUGGGAGGAUUGACCGAAGAUGAAGCGAUAGCCGAUGCAAUACGCGAAUACUGCUGUACGAGUAAAGAGAGUGGAAGAGCAGGAGACGGUGGAAAAAGCGCAUCUUGCAAAUGUUGUGCAUGUAAGCAACCGCAUGCAACAGAAGAGGCAGCAACACGAGGUCAAGUGAUGGAAGAAGACGAAGAUUACGAAGAAGAUGAAGUGACAGAUGCUGAGGAGGAACAGGAAGAGGAAGAAGUGGAAGUAGUGAAACACAAAAGGUUAGUAAAAGAAGAAUUAGUGAUAGAAGAGAAAAUUCAGUCCAAAAUGAGGGAAGACGAGGUGACCGAAGAGGAAGAGGUCGAAUAUAUAGAACCAGCACCAAGAGAACGUAGAAGAUCUCAAGGCAGUGCAGAAGUAAGACCCGAACAACGCAGAAGAUCACAAGGCAGUGCAGAAGUAAGACCCGAACAACGCAGAAGAUCACAAGGUAGUGCAGAAGUAAGACCCGAACAACGCAGAAGAUCACAAGGCAGUGCAGAAGUAAGACCCGAACAACGCAGAAGAUCACAAGGCAGUGCAGAAGUAAGACCCGAACAAAAACAUGCAAAAUGCUGCAAAUGCUGUGCGUGUAGAAAGAAAGCGACGCAAGAUAAAGACUUAAACUCGGACUCAGAUGAAAAUAUGAUUUCAUUGGAAGACAUCGAAUUAGAAGUGCAAACAGACGUGAUAAGCACGCAGAGAGAUCAAUUCGACAAACCAACUUCGCCGUCGAACAAGCGUAACUCACAAGCGAGCUCGGCACAAAGGAAUCGGUGCUGCACAUGUGAGAACAGAACAGACUUUCUGCAGGAAACGAAAGUGCUAAUGAAGAAUACGGAUUUAGUGGAAGAAUCAAGUGAAGAACUCACAUCAGCACCAGCCAAACGAACUAAAGCACAACCCAAUCGACAAUUUGACGAAGAAGCGAUGGCAAGACCGCAGAGAAGGCUAAGUGAAGAACCCAGAAGUGAAAAAGCAGUCCGACGGGAUCAAACUCAUGCACUCGGUUGCAAAUGCUGUGACUGUAAACGAAAAAUUAAAGAAACCGAAGUACUAAAACCGAGAAAUGAGGAAGACAACAGGAGACGACGAAGGAGCAUUGAAGGCGAACAAGCGCCGAGGUUAAGAGAAACACAACCGCGUAGGGAUGUGCAAGAUGAAAAAUGGCAACAGCAGGAUGCAAUGGCAAUGGCAGCGGCGAGGCAACAAAGAAGACAGUCGACGAAAACAGAAGAGGCAAGAGCAACCAGUCGUACACCUUCCGGUGGUAAACGUGGCUGCGGAUGCAAACUUAGAAAUAGAAGAGAGGUGGCUUCUGAACCCGAGGGCAUGGAUCAAGAGCCAAACAAAUCAACGGAUUCGGAGGUAGACUCGAGCGAGCACCAGCGUUGUUGCUGUUGCUUUCAACGCAAGAAAGCGCAGCCAAAACGCGCCGACGAAAACCGCAACGGCGGCAGCAAGUCAUGCAGAUGCAAAGAAGAGCCGACAGCGACGGCGCAGAGUGGCAAACGUGACAAACGAAAUGACAACGAGCUGAAUGUUAGUGAACCAAAGACGCCACAGAAAAAGCGUAGAAGCAGUGUAAAAGCUGCAAGCAGCAGUAAAGAGGCAGAUUGUCCAACCCCAUGCACCUGCAAGAAAACUAAAGGCGUGCCGCUGACCAAAUGCUGCAAGUGCACCGAAGAAAUGGUACACGCCAUGGCACGCGAACGCGAUGAAGAUACAAAGCGACGAGAGCUCGCAGAAGAAUUGGCUGAGCGCUUGCAAAAACGCGCAGAGCAACAAAUCGCAUUGCAGAAACGUCUACAACAACAAAUGAGUGGCGAACAGAGUCAGCAAGGCUGCUGUUGCUGCUGCGAACAGCCGCCAUUUUGUAUGACUACAUGUCCCUGCUGUGAGCACAUGAAACAAACAGAGCCAAUACCUUUAGGUUGCUACGAAGCACCGCCGUGCUGUUGCCCACCAACACCGUGUUGUUUCCAGACACCAGCCUGUUGUUACGAGGCGCCACCGUGUUAUGGUCAGGAAUGUCCGUGCUGUUGUCAGCCGAUGCCAUACUCCUAUUCAGCCUCGUGUGGCUGUCCGAAGUCGGGUGCAUGUUAACGCACACAAGUGUU